GAGGUGGAGGUGUCUGACCAUGUCACUUUCCAGAGGUGCCUCGCCCAGCCGGAGAGACUGUUUGGUGGAACAAAAGAUGAACAAGGGGCGGUGGAAAAUAAUGCGCAGGAGUACUACGCGUAUUUUUGUUGCGACCGCGGCAACAAAAUUUUGGUGGCCAAAACGCCUUGUGACCUGUUUCGGUCCAGCGCGGACCCCAGCGAGUGGAUGAACCAGCGGCUCGGGCUCACGGAAGUCGUGGUCGGGUCGACACAGGAUUAUACCGGUGCAUCUGGUACUUCGUCUGCUACCUCUAUGCAAUACAAAUUUCCCGUACAUGUGCAACGUGCAUCACAAAUUUCACUAAUUUGGAGUGUAUUACUUGUCAUGCUAAACUAGGAUCGAAGCCAAGUUUUGUCAUGCAGAGACCGCAUCUGUACGUGUACGGGAAAUUUACUUUGGAUAACCUCCGCCGUGCAGCAGAAGUUCCGUGGGGGCUUACUUGGAUAUCCUGUGUAAAAACGUCCCCACACCAUAGUUGUCAUGCAACUCUGCAUGCUUAAAAUGUUCCUCAUGCGGAGCCCCAUGAGAAGCAUUUUCUAAUGGUGUUUUGAAAUUUGUCAUGCUCCAAUCAGCAUGAGAGACUAGAUCUGUAAUGCUGCUGAACUAGCUCAAACAGCACUACACUACGCGUCCAAAUUUGUCAUGCCAAACAGCCAAAGCUUGUGGAUUUGUCUAGCCAAUUCCCCAUCUUGACUAUGGGGUGGGUACGUUUUUACAUAGGAUAUUGGAUACUAUGGGUUCGAAAAUAUGCACAAGGUCGAACCGUCGUUGGCGAAGGUGCUGGAGGAGCACAAGGCAAAAAGAUCUACUGCGGAAAGCGCCAGAGCAGCCAACAAGGAAGCCGAGUAUCAAAUGCAAAAAUGUCUGGGUCUGGAAACUUGUAAUGCUACAAGAGAAUGAUAGACGCACUGCAAUACGCAGCUAUGCAUGACAAAUUUUUUGGCUGCCAUGUCUUACGUAUUGCGCAUGGCAAAGUGCGUUUUUGCGUGACAGAUAAGAGGGCCUUUUCGUGCCUCUGCAACACAGAUUCUCGAGUCAUGCCAGACACGCAUGACAAACUUGCAUUCUUCCAGACCCAGACAUUUUUGCAUUUGAUACCGAGCGUCCGACGACCAUUUUGUGUCAGUACGACUCGUUUCUGGAACUGGAUGUUGCGGGAAAGAGGAUCAAGAUGUGCGCCACGGUGAAAGUAAAUCAUUCCAAAGAGUUGGAGCAGCAGCUGAUAGUACGACGGGGGCAAGGAUCUUCUUCCACGGGCGAAGUAUCAGACAAUGGAAGUGGUGCUAUUUUCGAUGUGAAGCAAUUCGUGGAUUCUUAUGCCGCUGCGGUGACGAGAUUGGACGAGCUUGAAAAGGACGUGAAAGAACUACUGCUCGCGGGGUCAACAACGACCGCAUCGGGUGGUAGUUCCGCUCACCCUGCACCAG